AUGUUCGAGCGGUAUUCCGAGCUAAUCCGCCACUCGGAAAAGUUGAUGCCCGAUCUGGCGUUGUACACGUGGAAUGCGUGGCUGGUCGAGAUGGUGCUCAACCGCUACGUCAAUGCGAGCUGCAAUCAGGCGUCGAUCGUUGAAAAAGUUCGCGAGGCUUUUGUGGAAGUUUUCGAUGAGAAUACAUGGAUCGAGCCGAGCACGAGGGAUUGGCUGAAGAAGAAGUUGACUCGAAUCGGCGCCCGCAUCGGCUACAACGAUAACGCGCUCGACUUGAGGCUGGCCAACGAACUAGCCGAGAUGCUAGUGAUCCCAGAUGAGAUGUCCCCCAUCGAGCAGGUGAUGAUCAUCGGCCGUGCGUCUUGGAUGUACAGCAAAAUGGAUAUCGGUGACAGGAUCGACGACGUGACCAUGGUCAACGCCUACAACUUGGACGGCGACCAUAUUGCCAUCCCAAUGGCCCUCAUCCGGCCUCCCUUCUUUGCUUCUGACGCACCACUCGAGGUCCACUACGGCGGCGUCGGCUUCGUCAUCGGCCACGAGUUUACCCAUACCUACGAUGGAUGGCACGAGCGGGGCUUGCCGCGCGGAAACCCGGGAAACGACACCGAUGAGUUCUACGAGAAACAACAAUGUCUGAUCGAUGAAUUUGGGAACGUCGAGCAUCAUAGCGAGUUCUACAACGUGACCGUCGUGGGCGACGGCGACACCCAGAAGCGAGAGACCAUUGCCGACAACAACGGCGUGCGCACGGCGUUCAGGGCCUACCGUAAAGAACGUCUCCGCCUCUUUGGCAACAACCCCCCGAAGUGGCCGGGAUUGCAGAACCCCCACCCACCCGGCCGUAUCCGCCUCAACGAGAACAUGAAGAAUUUCGAGCACUUUGGGCCUGCGUUCAAGUGCCCGCUGAACUCGCCGAUGAACCCGGAGCACAAGUGCCGCGUGUGGCGUCGCAUCAAGAAGCAC